AUGAUGAAGCUCCCAGCAAAGACCCCCGCCGCUGCGACGGACGAGUCCAAGCCAAAUUAUGACAAUGAGAGGGUGAAGAUUAAAAUUCUGCCUAACGAUGUGUUGUGUGGGCGAGGGAAGGAGUCGUUUAACCAUGUGGGCAACCGCAAGUUCCGUGACAUUGUCGCCAACGUCAUUCCAGGGUAUAUCACUGCCACUGCCAGGUCGGUCAAGUCAGACAUUGUCAUGUCGAUCGUCCGCCGAGUGCAUGAAAACGGGGGACGCUUUCUGAAGCAAGACGACAACGAAGUCUGGUAUGUGAUGAAACCGAGUCAGUGUCGGGAAAAGGUGGGACAUGCCAUUCGAGAUGCUACCGUGACGGAUCGAUCGAGAAAGCAAAAGUCGCUCAAGAGAAAGAUGAAUCGCGCCGCCGCCAAUGGAAGGAUGUCGUCUCUCGGCAGUAUCCCACAGACGGCGGAUUACGAAGAGGCACGUGGUGGUGGCGACUUUUAUCUUCCAGCUCAUCUGUAUCAUCUGAACAGGACCAACCCUCUACCGUGGCUGCGACAAGGCCCUUCCUCCUAUCCACCACAACAACCCCGCAACGCGGAUUCAGAACAACAAUCGCCUGUCCCGGUUGCCAGUGCUGGCCAUGCGAUACCACCUCGGCAGCCACCUGUGAUGUUGGGUGCCAAUUUGCGCCUGGACAAGAAGUACGCAAUUUGUCGUCAGGAGGCCGAUACGAACGCUGCAAGCCAAGAGACGCGCAAAAAGGCGGCGGACCCUCCUGGCAGCAAAUUUACCGAAGUCGUACAGCUGGACUAG